AUGAAGUCCCUUCAGCAAUUGACUCGCCGAACGGCCCUGACCGGCCUGGCAAUGCCACGGAUCCUGUCCUCGCAAACUACUGCCGCCAGCCGGCUAUGGCGGAGGAAUUUCAGUGCCACCGCGUCCGUCGCACAAUUGGCUGGCUUGGAUGCCUCCAAGCUGAGCCUGACGAAGACUCAGACCCCCAAGGAGCUCACCCCUAACAAGGAUCUUGUUUUUGGAAAGACUUUCACUGACCAUAUGAUCUCGAUCGAGUGGACGGCUACCGAUGGCUGGCACACACCCCGCAUUAUCCCUUACCAGAACCUCAGCUUGGACCCUUCUACCUGUGUGUUCCACUAUGCCUUUGAGUGUUUCGAGGGAAUGAAGGCAUACAAAGACAAGACUGGAGGCACACGUCUGUUCCGUCCCAACAAGAACAUGGAGCGUCUGAACAAGUCCUCCGCGCGUAUUGCCCUACCUACAUUUGACGGCGAUGAGCUGGUUAAGCUAAUUGGAGAGUUUGUGAAGUUGGACGAUCGUUUCAUCCCAGAUGCUCGUGGUUACUCUUUGUACCUCCGACCCACCAUGAUUGGCACCCAGAAGACUCUGGGCGUUGGCCCUCCCGGAUCAGCCCUUCUGUUUGUUAUUGCUAGCCCCGUUGGCCCGUACUACCCGACUGGCUUCAAGGCCAUCUCUCUCGAGGCCACUGAUUAUGCCGUCCGCGCUUGGCCUGGUGGUGUUGGUGACAAGAAGCUCGGUGCGAACUAUGCUCCCUGCAUUUUGCCCCAGCUCGAGGCCGCUUCCCGCGGUUUCCAACAGAACCUGUGGCUCUUCGGCGAAGAGGAAUUUGUGACUGAAGUCGGCACAAUGAACCUCUUUAUCGCCAUCAAGAACGAGGAGACUGGACAGAAGGAGUUGAUCACGGCUCCCCUUGAUGGAACUAUCCUGGAGGGUGUGACAAGAGAUUCCGUUCUCGCGCUCGCUCGUGAGAGACUGGAGCCCAAGGGCUGGCUUAUUUCGGAGCGGAAGAUCCGCAUGUCCGAUGUCGCGAAGGCUGCCGAGGAAGGCCGUAUGAUUGAGGUCUUCGGUGCUGGCACUGCAGCCAUCGUGAGCCCCGUGCGAAACAUUAGCUACCGUGGUAAGCUGGUGGAUUGUGGUUUGAAGAAGGAUGAGGAGGCUGGAGAGAUUGCUCUUCAGAUGAAGAACUGGAUCGAGGCUAUCCAGCACGGAGAUGAAGCGCACGAGUGGAGUCACGUUGUUUAA